ACUACUUCCGUGUUGGGCUAAUAGUUGAACGGUCAUAGUUAACAUAGUGGGAACCUUGUGAUACAUAUCUGCAUAGGGUUGGUGAAUUUUUUUUUAAAUCUGUAAGCAAAUGGAUGUUGUUAUCGAUUUUUCGGAUACGCCUGGCAAAAGCAAAGCGGGAUACAUUCUCAGCAAUGUAGCUGAGGUCGUGGAGAGAAUUUUAACGUUUGUCCCAACUAAGUCGCUGCUGCACGCCGCCUGUGUCUGUAGGUUAUGGAAGGAUUGUUCCCGUAGAGUCCUUCGAAGGCAGCAGAAACUGACAUGGGUUUCAACAUUUUCCAACCACACUUUGUCCAAGGCCCUGGCAGAAGAUUUAGAGAAUGUAUAUUUGCUUCCCCACACUGUGCUACUCAUGGCAACUGAAGACACCUUAAAUUCAUCAGAAUGUCAAUACAGAGAGAAAAAGUCUAGAAAAACAUGGCGUUCAAGGACAGCAGCAGAGUAUGAAAAACUGUUUCCAAAAGGAUGCAAUGUCGUUGGAAUUGUAACACCUGGGAUUGUCUUAACUCCAAUGGGAUCAAGUUGUAAUCAGCCACAAGAAUUUGAAGAUGGAGAAGCUGGAUUUGCUGUCUUGUUUCCUAAAGUUGAAGGAGUAAACUUCCGCUCCUUCCAUUUCUGCAAAAAAAAUUUCAGUACCACUGCUCUUGAAGAAGCAGGGCUUGUCAACAACCCAGGUCUGCGUGUUGUUCUUUUGUUUGGAUAUGAAGCCUUUAGACCAGAAGCUCUGCGCUUUCUUAAUCAUAUUAUUGAGCCACUUUCAAAAGAAAAUAUUCUUCUUGCUGGUGGACAUGUAGAGUAUAUGGUGUCACCGGAUACUAAAUGCUGCUGCCAUGGAUCUUAUGGAGUGGUGGGUCUUGCACUGAGUGGCUCAAGAAUCCAAGGUGCUUCUGUCCUCCUCGAACAAGAUGUGAAUAGUGAGAAGGCUGCAAAAGAAGCUGUUCAAAGACUUAAAGCUGCCAAAAUUCCAGAGCACAACACUGUAGGCUUUAUGUUUGCCUGCGUAGGACGUGGCCAAAACCACUACAAUUUAAAAAAAAAUGUGGAAGCUGACAUAUUCCGAGCAGUUUUUCCUAACAUUCCAUUGUUUGGCUUCUUUGGGAAUGGUGAGAUUGGUUGUGAUCGAAUUAUCACAGAUAACUACACACUGAGUGAAGCAGAUAACCUUCAGCAUGGUUAUACAACAGUCAUGGCACUUGUGCACUUAGGAUAAAUGAUUCGGAGAGGAUGCGUGUGGCAUUCCUUUAAUAUUUUAGAGACUGAGACGGUUAAAAGAACCAGUGCGCACUUUCAUUCAUUUAACUAAUAUAAGGUGUUGGACACCCAUAUGGGAAAGAAUACUUCAAAUUCUUCUGUAAAUCGUUUUACUAUUAACAUGGUUAUGCGGAAUUCUUCAUAGGUGCCAUGCAUUAAUAAUUGCAUUAUUUUCAGCAUUGUGAAGCUAACUGAUUUAAAAUUAUUCAACAGACGCUGUAGCAGGGAAGUGUUGUUUCUAUUUCUGUCAACUAAUUGUUGAAUAUUUAACUUACAAGAAUAUUUUUUCUUUUUGCCUUCUUGCUGUCUGUUUUAUUGCAAAUGGUUGGAAAAAAUAAGCAAUACAUUUUAGCAGUAUUUGAUAUUAGUUGCAACAGAGUUUAAAAUAUUUGUUCUGAAAGCUUAGUAUUGUAGAUGAAAAAAAUGAUUAAUACCUAUUUUAUAAAAGCUAUACAUUCCACAGGUCAGUGCAGUUUCAUGCAGGAAUGUUUUUGUUUUUAAUGUUUGUGGCAUGGAUGACUGGUCUAACAACACCUAUGACGGAGUGCUGGAUUGGCAUACAUUUUACAUGUAUUUGGCAUUUUCAUUUUGUCAUUAGAAUUAUGUUAAUGUUUGUAGGAAACCAAGUUUCUUUAUCCUAAAGUAAAUUUACAUAUGCUUUGAAGAAUAUUUUUUCAUUUUUAUUUACAGCUUAUUGAAAAUGUACAAUUGUUACCACUUCUGGUUUUUUUUUUUGGUUUUUUUUUUGUGAACAAAAUGCAGUUUAUUUUCUCAAUAACACAUUUUAAGCAUUACUUGGGUUAAUGUGGAGGAUUUAUUUUUAUUUAACUAAGUGGCUAGUGUUUUAUUUUGAAUAAAUGAUUCAUGUAAACAACUAAAAAAUGUGUGACUGCCGCUCUCUGGAUCUCUUUCCUUAUACUUGCUCUUAAAACUGUUUUGCACCAGAAAUUCAAAAAACUGAAAACUCACCUUUUUCUUUUUUGUAUUGUAAACUGUUAGUCUUAACUUUUAAUCCUGUAGAAACUGCAUUUUCUUUUCCAAUUUUAUUGUUCUGUCCAUAUAUUCAUACUUAACACUCAUUGUGUUGUUUUCUUGUAUUCCUAAGCAUUUCCAGACUCUAUCCUGUGUCAUAUUGCAUUUUUAUUUGUUACUAUUACUACUGUCGUCUGUAUUGUAAGUAGGUUUUCUUUUUUUUUUGUAAAGUGUAAUUUGCCCAAAAGAAGAGAUUGUUUGAAAUACA